AUGAGGUCAUUCCUGCAGGAGAUCUGGCCCCAGCUCAUCGCCGAUACCCAGCUCAUUGUCGAAGACACCAAAGUCCUUCUAUCCACGAACUAUUACAACUUCAACCCGGUCAAGAUUGAUGGGCCACUCGUCGACAUCAACCUCGGCAUCAACAUCAACGGCGAUGGCGACGAUAGCCAUGAGACUUUCGUCCUCAAGCAGAAAUGCACCGGCUGGAUAUGCAAGACAGCAUUGAAGCCAUAUGAUUAG